AUGGGCACUGAUGAACAUUGAUAGGUGGCACUGAUGGCAAUGAUGAGGAGGCACUGGUAGAUGGCACUGAUGGGCACUGAUGAGGAGGCACUGGUAGCCAGGGGCGGACUGACAACUCAUGGGGCCCCCCCGGGCAAUAGGGGAUCAUGGGGCCCCUGUAUCCUUGCCCAAACUCAAAAAAGCCUAUGAAAAAUUUACCAGGGGCAUCUCAUGGGACCCCCUACAGACCCCGGGCCCUCGGGCAGUGCCCGAGUUUCCAAAUGGUCAGUCCACCCCU